AUGGCUGCAGCACUCGGGGAGGACGCUCUCACGCGCGUCUCGGCCAACGCUGCCGAAACCUUCACCGACGCAUAUUAUGUCGCCCUGACCAGCGCUCGCGGCUCCCUGGCUUCCUACUAUGUACCCAAGACGGUCCUCCCAUCUGGAAAACUGCUUCCACAAAUCUCCUACAACGGCACAGUCCUGUCGGACCCCGACGACUUCGCAUCCUCCUACACCACACAAAUGCCCUUCACCUUCUUCGAGGUCCAGUCCAUCAACGCACACGUCCUGAACCCAGCCCUCGCUCCUCUGGAUCAGACCGCAAAGCCGAAAGAGCAAGAAGCAAACAUGAGUGUCCUUGUCCAGGUCAGCGGUUACGUGCGCUUGAUCGAGCGCAAGGAUGGUCCAAUGCGCGCCUUCUCAGACACCUUGGUCCUGGUCCCUAACAAGGAAGAAGCUGGUGCAAAGGGCAAGGACAAGACUGGUGAAGGAAAGAGUUGGCUCAUCCAGAACCAGAACUUCAGAUUCGUUGUUUGA